GCUGAGGAACAACAUCAGCACAUCUGCUCUCCAGGCGUCAUGAGGCCCCUGCUUCGGGGUCCGGCGAUGAACGACGAGGAGGAGAACUCGGACAGCACCCCGCUCCUGCCGAGCGCCCGGCAGGCCGAAGCGGAAAAUGAAUGAAGUCCAGGAUGGCUCCCCCUCUGAUGCAUCCAAACAGGACAGCAUCCCGGAGACCACCAGACAAAUGCAUCAUCUAAAGAUAGGUGACAGACCCGUCAAGAGGAGGACUCCAGCAUGCUGCUCUGCUCGUUACAACUUAGCGGUUCUGGCUUUCUUUGGUUUUUUCGUUCUUUAUUCGUUACGUGUGAACCUGAGUGUUGCGUUGGUGGACAUGGUAGAUUCAAAUACAACUCUGACCGAUAACAGAACUUCCAAGGAGUGUCCAGAACAUUCUGCCCCCAUAAAAGUUCACCACAAUCAUACGGGUAAAAAGUACCAGUGGGAUGCAGAAACUCAAGGGUGGAUUCUUGGCUCCUUUUUUUACGGCUACAUCAUCACACAGAUUCCUGGGGGGUACAUGGCCAGCAGGAUUGGAGGCAAGCUGCUGCUGGGCCUUGGCAUCCUGGGCACUUCUGUCUUAACUCUGUUCACACCCAUGGCUGCAGACUUGGGAGUGGUGGCCCUCAUCGUGCUGAGAGCCCUGGAAGGAUUAGGAGAGGGCGUUACGUUUCCAGCUAUGCAUGCCAUGUGGUCUUCCUGGGCUCCCCCUCUUGAGAGAAGCAAGCUGCUUACCAUUUCCUACGCAGGAGCACAGCUUGGGACAGUAAUCUCACUUCCUCUCUCUGGAAUAAUUUGCUUCUAUAUGGAUUGGACCUACGUCUUCUAUCUUUUUGGUAUAAUUGGAAUAGUUUGGUUUAUUUUAUGGAUGUGGCUAGUUAGUGAUACACCAGAAACUCACAAGACAAUCUCCCAUUAUGAAAAAGAAUACAUUGUGUCAUCGUUAAAAAAUCAGCUCUCUUCCCAGAAGGUGGUACCAUGGGUGUCCAUCUUGAAGUCACUACCACUUUGGGCGAUUGUCAUUGCACAUUUUUCCUACAACUGGACCUUUUAUACGUUACUGACAUUACUACCCACUUAUAUGAAAGAAAUCCUAAGGUUCAACGUUCAAGAGAAUGGGAUUUUAUCUGCAUUGCCUUAUUUUGGCUGUUGGAUAUGCAUGAUUCUCUGUGGCCAAGCUGCUGAUUAUUUAAGGGUCAAGUGGAACUUUUCAACUAUAAGUGUUCGGAGAAUUUUUACCUUUGUGGGAAUGGUCGGCCCUGCGGUGUUCCUGGUCGCUGCUGGAUUUAUCGGCUGUGACUAUUCUUUGGCUGUUGCAUUCCUGACCAUAUCCACGACGCUAGGAGGCUUUGCCUCUUCUGGGUUUAGCAUCAACCAUCUGGAUAUAGCUCCUUCGUAUGCUGGUAUCCUCCUGGGCAUCACAAACACAUUUGCCACUAUUCCAGGAAUGAUUGGGCCCAUCAUUGCCAAAAGCCUGACCCCUGAUAACACUAUUAGAGAAUGGCAGACUGUGUUCUGUAUCGCUGCUGCUAUUAACGUGUUUGGUGCCAUUUUCUUCAUACUUUUUGCCAAAGGGGAGGUGCAGAAUUGGGCUCUCAGUGACCACCAUGGACACAGAAACUGAAGACGACAACAAAUAAUAACUAAUGUACUUUUAUUUAUCAUGUAAACUGAAAGUGCCUUCGGUAUUUUAACGUGUAAGCAUUCUAUGAGAGAAAAAUAGUACUUGUAUUACAUUUUUAAGGUGAUCAUGAAAUGUUACUAGUUGCGAGAUUAUUUAAAAUGAGCUGUUUUUAAUUAUUAAUAAUGUAUCUGCCAGACCUUACAUUGGGGUUCACAUACCCAGCUGCAAGUUAGGCAGCAUGAUAUAAGGGAGGGUUUAAGACAGUUUUUCUUGGCUGGUCAGUGGUGGUGGUGGUGGUGGUGGUGCUGCUGCUGCUGCUGCUGCUGCUGCUGCUGCUACUGCUGCUGCACGCCUUUAAUCCCAGAUAGGCAGAUCUCUGAGUUCGAGGCCAGCCUGGUCUACAGAGUGAGUUCCAGGACAGCCAGGGCAACAACAACAACAAAAGACAGUGGUUCCCAACUUGUGGCUCAUGACCCCUUUAGGAGUCAAAUGACCCUUUCACAGGAGUCACCUAAGGCCAUCAGAAAACACAAACAUUUACAUUAUGCCUCAUAACAGUAGCAAAAUUAUAGUUAUGAAGUAGCAAUAUAUCAAUUUUAUGGUUGGGGGUCACCACAACAUGAGGAACUGUAAUAAAGGGUCACAGCAUUAGGAAGGUUGAGAACCCCACUGGCUUAAGAAAUGAAGCUGAAAUGGACCCUCCCUCACUAGUACACUUGUUUAGUUAAAUUAGAUAAUCAUCUCAGAUCUUGUUGGAUGCCUGUUUUUGUCUACUGCCCUCAUAAAAAUCGUUGCCAACUCUCCCUAACACGUAGAUCUCAUUAACAUCUCCAUAAAGCCACCAGCCACUGUAAGCCUUGGCCUGGCAGCUGGACCAAGGGAUCCAUGCCCAGGCAGCUGCCAAGCAUUCCCUCCCUGGCUUCGGGGCUGAGAUGCCCAGCAGUUAUCAGAGGCGGCUUCCAAGUGCCGGGUCAAUGCCAAGUGUUUGGCCGACACUCUUUCCCCGUGGCUGUUAACGUGUAGAUAAAGCCCUAAGUGGACCCCAGCAGUCGGAUCCACAGCUACUGUCCGGACACUGCCAGCCUGCCCUUGCCAGCACCCAGGCCUGAUUACCGGCAGGUGACUUACAAAGCAAAGUGGGAUGCCCAGCCAGUCGCAGAUAACAUCAUCUUUGAUUAAAAUGACUUGCACACGAAUCAGAGCAUAAAUGUUUACAUUUAGUUUUUCUAGCUACAUUAGAAUUUUUUUUAAAUGCUUUACAUUUUUUUUCUUCAGUCUGUCUUGAUUUAUGCUUCUGGUUACACUUUAAAGUGACUUUCAGGGCCAGGGGUUUGGCUCAGUGGUAGAGCACAUACCUAGGACUCUGUUCCAUCCAAUAGCAAAGCAGAGCUACAGGGCACCCGAAGCUGGUGAAUCCCCUUUGCCAUGCUUCCUGAAGCCAGCUUCUGGCAGCUUCUCCUGACCAGUGUCUACUGGUUGUUGGGCAUACUGUAAGAGCACCUAAGGAUUGAAAGCCUGCCUUACCUACUGUUGUAUCCGUUCAGCGCUUAUCUGUAACAUUUUAAUGAACUUGGUUAAUAGAACACGGUGUAAAUACAUUUAUAUAAAUUUAUUUUUAAAUUUGUAAAUAUAGGUUAAGUUGCCAUGUGACAUUUCUUUUAUAAAUCAUCAAAAUAAAUCCUUUUGCAUUAA